AUGUACGUCCAGUCCCUCGUCUGUUCCCACGGGCCUUGCGGUGACUCGGGGGCUAGCCGGCACAGCAGCUCGUCGCCGGGGAACCGGAGCGCGAUCUCUCGGCGGGCGCUCUCCACCGAGUCGCUGCCGCUGCCGUGGAUCACGUUCCUGCGGGAAAGCCGCGAAUUGGCGCGGGUUUCCCAGCGGGGACUCGCGUGGCCUGGGGGCGACCGGGGUGUGGCCUUGCGCGCGGGGCAAGAAGUAGUGACCGCUCUGUUUCUGCGGCCCUUCGCAGCCGUUCUAGAAGAUGCUGGCGCCAGUGUACUGCUGGAGGCCCUGAGCACCCUGGGCUGUGAGUACCACCUGGAACCCCAGCACCCGGCCCGCAGCCUCCGGUGGACCAGAGCGAAGCCGGACCCUUGCCCCCGCUCUGCGCCUUCUGAGACGUGGGCUGCGGAUGACCAGGAUCUCCUGCUGCUCUUGGAGCCCAAGGAGUUUGUGCAGGGCAUCGCCCAGCUGACCCAGGAGCUGGCUGGGGGGCAAGAAGAAGACAGGGUGCGUUUUUCCCAGGACCACCGAGUCACUCGCAAGCUCACUUCUCCUCUGUCUGCAAACUGGCGGUGGCCCGGUGGCCUGGGGGUCCUGCCUGCCACAGCCCCCAAAACAGCUGUGUUCAACCUCGGCUUGCAGCCCUGUGGCCCAGCCUGCUCGGUACCGUGGAUCCCUUCUGAGAGCCCAGCCAGGCCCCACGUAGCCGUCAUCGGGCCGGGGGCCCACCUGUGGUCUCAGCAGCCCAGCAGCAGCCAGGAGACGCGGCAGCCAGAGACUCCGGCGGCAGCAGCCUGUGCGGCGUUGGCACUCAGUGGGCCCAGGGUGGAGGAGGCCCUGAUGCUCCUGCAGCUCUGGGCACACCUGGAUGUGCUGCUGGUGGCCUCCUGGCAGGAGCUGAGUCGGCACGUGUGCGCCCUCACCAAGGCCUUUGCACAGCGCCCCUUCAAGCGAUACCAGGAGUCCCAUCCUUUUUCCUUCUGUGCGGCUGGACGCUGGGCAGGGGGCCAGCGAGUGGCAAGAGAUGGCACAGGGCUUCGGGGGGUCUGGUGGCAGCAGAUCAGGCAGUUCAACCGGGUCAGCCCGGCCGUGGCUGAUGCCAUAGUCACUGCCUUCCCAUCCCCCCGCCUUCUGCAGCAGGCGUAUGUGGCCUGCAGCUCGGAGCAGGAGCGCAUGGCCCUCCUGGCUGACCUCCCGGUGAGGACGGGCCGCGGUGCGCGGCCCCGCAGGGUGGGGCCUGACCUUGCCCGCCGCAUCUGCCUCUUCCUGACCACCGCCAGCCCCGAGCUCUUGCUGGACCUGGGCUCCUGACCAGGGCAUCUGGCGCCUGCAGGUGGGACAGAACACCCUCCGCCCGACCCAGCAGAUUAACUGGCAACUGCCCGGGGCCAAGGGAGGGAAGCAGAACAUUGCACGGGCCGGGGCGGGGUGCUCAGUCAGGUCUGUGGCCCUGGCCCUGAGGGGGAGGGUGCUGGGAGGAGCAGGAGCCCCUGGGCCAGAUGGAGAUGAAGGGGUCUGGGGGUGGGGCUCCCACGCCCAGGGUCCUGUCCCCGGCAGCUGUGCAUCCGGUGCCCCAGUGGAGUGGUCAGAAGGAGGAAGACACACGCCAGCCAUGCAGGGACAGGCAGACAAGGUCUCCGGG